AUGGAGGCUCGGUGCUCUCCCAACCAUCAGAUAAACGACCCAGAACACUCUAGUUUAGUGGAGGGCUUUCUACAGGCCAACAACCAAGACGACCAUCCAGAAACAGAUGAACUGCCCGCCGUCACAAAAGCUGAAGUCGACGGUGCCCUAGCUAGACUUCGUCCGAAGAAGGCACCGGGAUCUGACCCCCUGGGCACCCCAGCGCUUAGAAGACUGCCAGAAAGGUCCACUUCCACGCAGCAUGUUCCGGCUCCUCCGUGGAUAUACCUGGUGGACAGAACGUUCUCUGUCACAGAGGAACAGGCCGCGUCGUCCACUCGGCCCAUCACUGCGGGCGUGCCACAGGGAUCCGUACUGGGCCCAGUGCCGUACUUGUGGAAGUGGAAGGUAAAGGUCAACACACAGAAGAGCGAGGCCAUCUGCUUCACCAAACAUCAUAAAUACCCAGCACAGCGUAAGAGGAUACACCUGCAAGGGGACCUACUACGAUGGACCAAGUCCAUCAAAUACUUGGGAGUUGUCCUCAACAGCACUCUCACGACUGGGCUUGCCGCCAAAGGAAGGAUCCGCCUCGGAGUGGCCGCCCAUCAAGGACUGUCUGCCCUGUUGAGACCUCACUCCGGACUACCUACCAACACGAAGCUGCUGCUCUACAAAACGAUAGUUCGCCCUAUCGUGACAUAUGCCACUCCAGCCUGGCAUCCACACACCUCCAAGACGACCAGGAAGGCACUAGAAGCCUUCCAGAGCAAGACGCUCCACCAACUGACGAACACACCAUGGUUCGUCAGGUACACGGUCGUUCUACGGUCCGCAGGGUUACCCAGCCUGCAUGAAUUCAUCACAGGCCAGGCGAGAGCCAUGGAUGCAGCAGCAGUUGAGUCACGGUGGGGACAUAUCCGUGAGUGGGCAAUCAGGGAAGCUGUCCAUCCGUGGGAAAUCCCACAACUGAAGGUCAUCCUAGACGACCCACCCUAG